AUGGUUUGCCAAAACGGGGCUGUCUUGUUUGGUGGGGCUGUACAUCCAAGUGUGGAAAAAGGGGUCGCGGAAACGGCUGCGGUCGUCGCCGUUGUCCUCGCCAACGUUGGCGACGACGACGGCAGUUUCCGAAACCCCUUCUCCCGGCCCCACCCAGGAUUGCGAAAUUGGGCAUGUCUCGAAACAUUGUGGAGGGGGUAAACACCAGGGCUUUUUUCUUCUUUUUUUUCUUUUCAUGCCCCACCUUCCUCCUGCGGUGCGUGGUGAAUUUUAUUUUUAUCGCGAGAAGGGUCCAGCCGUCCCUUUCCUUCGUCAACCGUGCUAACGUCGAAGUUUGGUACUCACGAGAGCUUGUCAGCUAUAUUUCGCCUUCACCCGCACAUUUCGUAAUUUUUUUACUCCAUGGGGAUUCG